UGCGCGUGGCCUGACUUCCUGACUUGCCCCAGACGAAUUUCGGCCUCAGCUGUUCAGGCGGCUCCCUCUUUCGCUGGGCACCUCAAAAACGCUCAUCUAUCUAUAUAAGCACCCCUCGCCCCGCUCCCUCCAGCCGUUUGCAGGUGUUCGCUCGUUUGUCUCUCUAUCUCUGUCCAAAGGUUCGAUAGUAUUGCAUAACGUGCUCGCCAUGACUGUCGCGGAGGAAACAUAUCUCGUUAUCGGCGGCGGAGGGUUCGUCGGCCGCCGUAUCGUCGAAAUGCUGCUAGAUGGCCACUCCCCCGAGGCAGCCGACACUACAGUCUCCUCAUUCCCCGACCGGCCCAUCCCGAAAGUCCAUGUCUUCGACCGCCGCAUCACCUUCGCCGACCCUCGCGUCGCCUCCUUCAUCGAAGGCGACAUCACCUCCCUCGCCUCCCUCCUACCCGCCUGCAACGGCAUCACAACCGUCAUCCACACCGCCGCGCUCAUCGAAAACGUCUCCCGCGACCUCCUUUACAACGUCAACGUCGAAGGGACGAAACGGGUCGUAGAGGCCUGUGUUGAGAGUGGUGUGAGGAAGUUGGUGUAUACGUCGUCCGCGAGUGUGACGUAUAAUGGGCAGGAUUUGAGAAAUGGGGAUGAGAUGGACCCGUACUGUGAUGUGCAUAUGGAUGCGUAUAAUGAGACCAAGGCGGAGGCGGAGCGGUUUGUCAGGGAGGCGAAUGGAAAGGGUGGGUUGAUUACGGUUGUGCUGAGGCCGGCUGGAAUUUUUGGACCUGCAGACAACAAUGCAUCCAAAGGUCUCUACGAAGCAGCCAAAAAGGGCAACUGGAAGUUCAUGAUUGGCGACAACUCAUACCUCUUUGACUGGACGUACGUUGACAACGUAGCUCACGCGCACAUUCUUGCCGCGAACGUCAUGGACAAACGGAAAGGCGUCGCCGGAGAGGUCUUCUAUAUAACAAACCACACCCCCACCUUCUUCUGGGACGUCCCCAAAUACCUCUACAACCACCUCGGCUACACCAACACCCUCUCCAAGCGCAUCCCACGCACGCUCGGGUUCAUCCUCGGCUCCACCGUCGAUUUUUUCGUCUCCCUCAUCCACGCCACUACGGGGAAGGUCGUCACGCCGACGUUUACGAGGUUCCGCGUGCAGAUUAUUACGAGUAAUCGGUACUGGGAUACCGAGAAGGCGGUUAAAGUGUUGGGGUAUAAGCCGGUGGUGGAGUUGGAGGAGGGGUUGAGGAGGACUGCGGCGUAUUGGAAGGGGGUGAUGGAGAAUGAGAAGGUGGCAUCGGAAUAGAGACCCGAGAGUAGGAAUAGGACGGUAGAGUGCACGAGCCAUAUCAUAUACUAGUGAAACUAGAGAAUUACAUAGUGGAAUUCUUCAUUUGCCAGAGUGAACACGAAUAUAUGGCGUGUAUAUAGCAAGAGG